AUGAUGCCUCGAUUUGCACAACCCACUCUUUCAAUAAAUUCUUCUAGUUCACAGUCCGAAGAAACUGUCGAAGAACCAGUGUCAGAAUUGGACUCAGAAAUGGCUAAUCAAAUUAAUAUGAAAUGUAAAAACAUGCUUAUUGAAUAUGAGCAAAUGCAAAAUGUUGAUGAUAUAAUUUAUUCAUUGUCGGAAGAUGAAACUUCGGUGAUCGGCACAAGGCAUGAAGAGUUUGUGAAAUCAAUGGCACUUAUAACUUUAGAUAGUAUUCCAAUUACCCGAACAACAGUGGCAGGAAACAUUUUUGCAGAACUUUUAUCUAAAAAAAUUCUUUCUAUGGAAGCCAUAACUCGAGGAAUCGAUGCUGUCCUUAAAUAUUGGAAUGAUUAUCUGAUUGAUUACCCUCAAUUUUUCUCCUAUAUUGCUGCAAUUAUUGCUCCAUUAUUACUAUCACAGAAUGCUUUCUUUGAUUUCAACAAUUUAAAGGAUUGUUGUGCAUCAAUACGACCAGACAAUUCUACUAAAUUUUUCAUAGAAGUAUUAAAUAAAAUUCUUAGUUCCAAGGAAACACAGAACAUUAAAGAACAACUAGGUGGUAUAUUAUGGAUUUACAAUAAGUGGCUGGCGUCGGAAUAUGUUCCUCUUGACAUAUUUAUGCCUUAUAACCAAAUAAAUAAAUAUUUUGAAAAUGAUAGGAUUGGAGUAUUCCUUUUAUCUAUAGCUAUGUAUGAUAAAUUGAAGAUGACUGGUAGGAAACUAAUACAUGAUAAAUUGCAUAGUUGGAUAAGUACCAAUAUCAGUGUUGAAAUAAUAAAAUGCCCUCAGUUUGUGCGAGCAUUAACUAUAGCUAUUAUCAUUGAAUGUUUGAAUUCAAAUAGUUCAUAUGAGGAUUUUUUUGUUCAUGGUCAUGUGAAAUUGUUAACGUAUUAUAUUCGUUCUGAACCACUUCUAGGACCUGAAAUUCUGGCAAGAGAAGUGCAAUGUCUGUAUGGAAUUCAAAUUAUGUCUGCUGCACUUGAAUAUCCUGAAGGAAUGGUAUUAAGACUGUUCCAUAAGCUCUAUCAAGAUAGUAUUAUAAGUAAAGAAUCUUUUGAAAUUUGGAAAAAAGAUGAUAAAUUCAAUGCUGGAUUUGAUGAAGAUUUAGAAACAAAAAAUUUGGCUGUUUUAAAUUCAUUCUUCCUUCCACUUGAACUAAACAAUUCUGAUGAAGAUGAUACAUAUGAGUAG